AUAAAGGUUCUGCGCUCAUACUUGAAACAGUACUGUACAGUCAGCGAGGCGGGGCCAACGAAUUUAGCUAAGAAGGAACUCCUGUGUUUAUGGAUUCAUGAAUGUGAAAGCCCAUUAUGAGGUCUGUCCUGUUGGUUCCUUUUCUCUUCCUGCUCCUGACAACAGGACGUGAUGUCACAGGGAAGGGAUUUGACCAGAAGCCCAACUUUGUUCUAAUGGUUGUUGAUGACUUAGGAAUUGGUGAUAUAGGGUGCUACGGUAAUGACACCAUUAGAACUCCAAAUAUCGACAGACUUGCUUCUGACGGGGUGAAGCUUACUCAGCACAUUGCAGCUGCUCCACUCUGCACCCCAAGUCGUACUGCUUUUAUGACGGGCCGUUAUGCAAUCCGCUCAGGAAUGGUCAGCACAGGGCGUGUCCAGGUGCUGCUGUUCCUCGGAGGUUCAGGAGGGCUUGCACCCAGUGAGACCACCUUUGCUAAGAGACUGCAGCAGCAAGGAUACACUACUGGUCUAGUGGGUAAAUGGCACUUGGGUGUGAAUUGCAAACACAGAGAGGAUCACUGUCAUCACCCGAACCAGCAUGGCUUCAGUUACUUCUAUGGUCUACCAUUCACCCUGUUCAAUGACUGUGUGCCUGGAGAGGGCAGCGACGUGCUGGUAGAUCUCCAGCACGCGCUCCAAAAUUUGACCAUGUUGCUCGGAGUUGGACUUCUCACAAUCGUGUGUGCCCGUGUGUGUGGCCUUUUUGAAGUCGGCCUGUGGCUCCUGGUACUACUUUUCUUUCUCUGCAUCCUAGCAACCGCUGUGUGGUAUGUGCCCUUUAAGUUCUUGCCAACAUGGAACUGCAUCAUUAUGAGGAACCAAGAAGUAAUCGAACAGCCGAUGACCGUGGAGACACUGCCCCAGAGAUUGCUGGGAGAAGCACAAAACUUUAUAAAGAGGAAUGUGGAUCGUCCAUUCCUCCUAGUCUUCUCAUUGGCCCAUAUCCACACGCCAAUGUUUAAAACACCACAGUUUGCUGGCAAAAGUCGGCAUGGUGCCUACGGUGACAACCUAGAAGAAGUGGACUGGAUGAUUGGUAAAAUUACAGAGACGGUGGAUUCCCUUGGCAUUGCCAACAAUACUCUCAUGUACUUUACAUCCGAUCAUGGUGGGCAUCUGGAAGAUUCUGAUUCACGAACUGGGCAGAAAGGAGGCUGGAACGGCAUCUAUAAAGGUGGGAAAGCUAUGGGAGGCUGGGAAGGGGGGAUCAGGGUACCUGGCAUUUUCCGCUGGCCAGGCAGGCUGAGAGCAGGAAAAGUGGUGGAUGAACCCACUAGCCUCAUGGAUCUGUAUCCCACCCUUAAAUAUUUAGCCAAGGACAAACAACCAGACAGACAAUCCGAUGGCUAUAACCUCAUGCCGCUGUUGGAGGGGGAAGUUGCACGAUCAGAGCACGAGUUCAUGUUCCACUACUGUGGCAUCUACCUGAAUGCAGUGCGCUGGCACCCACCUGGCAGUGACUCUAUCUUCAAGGUGCACUUCUUCACUCCCAACUUUUUCCCCCCGGGCGCCGGUGGCUGCUAUGACACAAAGAUUUGCCUUUGUCAUGGAGAGCAUGUGACGCACCAUGACCCGCCGCUACUGUAUAACCUCUUCCACGAUCCCUCAGAGUCUCGGCCUCUGACUCCUGAUACUGAGCCCCGAUAUGCUGAAAUCCUUGAGCAGACCGCCAAAGCCGUGGAGAGCCAUAAAGGCACACUCCCAGAUGAACAGGCACCUGCUGGUGCUCAUUCAGAGGCCAAUAGAGCUGAACAGGGCGUCGAAUUGCAACUGACUUGGGACAAGAUUUUGUGGAGACCCUGGCUUCAGCCUUGCUGUGGGACUUUUCCAUUCUGUGGAUGCAAAGAGAACACAACUCAUAUGUAAGAAAGACAAAAGUUGAAACAAACGACUUUGGUUUCAUGAAGGUGCUGUUUAAAAAAAUCGAAUAAAAUAGUUUAAUAAUUUAA